ACUAUUCCCACACGCUUUCAUCAAAUGAAACAAUAAUAGUCUUUUUGGGAAGAUCAAGAAGUUUAGGCAUUGUGAGACGCUUAAUUCCACCACCCAAAAAAAAAAAAAAAAAAAAAAAAAAACACCACUUUUGCCCAUGCUCUUCUCUUAGCUUUUUCCCUUAUUUGUAAGCUAAGAUAAGAUAAUCUCCAUUAAGCACAAAUGAGUUUCCGCACAUUUCCAUUAUAACAAAACCUCUCAUUCUCUUUAUUUCUCUCUCUCGUUUCUCUUUGUUUUCCUCUGUUUUUCUGCUCCGUUUUCCUCUGUUUUUCUCUGCAAUGGGAAGAACUUGGAGAUCGGUUUUAGUGCUAACAGGAAGAGUCAUAAACGAUUCCUUGAGCUUCAUUGUCUUCUCUUUUCUCGACCUUCUCGACCUUCUUCUCUGCCUCAUUUACCGAGUGGCCGAUUUCUUCAUCGAAGCCGAAUGGAGAGCUUGUUAUUGCUCUUCCUCAAAGGAGGCCAUAACUAGUAGUGGCAAAAUAUUGGUCUCGGAGAAAGGCGAGUCAAAGAUUGUGUGUUUGAGCUCAAGUAAGCUUCAGUUAGAGGAGAUCUCGGACACGCUUUAUUCACGUCCUUCUUUCAUGUCCGAGGUCUCAAAGUCAACCGUUAAUGAGCUCAAGAAGCUCAAGAUGGAUGGGACUAAUGGGGUCGAUCACAAGGUCAACAAGAAAAAGACUGUACGGUCCAACACAUUCACGGUUAAUUCCACCAUUGUUGAGAUGCUUCAAGGCAAGAUUGGUGGGGGACAACAAUCCCACAUUCCCAUUCCGAGAUGGUCAGACUGUGAUUGCAAACUUUGCACUUGUUGGGCGUCUUCUAGCAAAGAAACUCUCUUUGUUAAAACUCAAGUGCCUAGAGAUUCGGCUAGAGAAGAUGUGUUAUUCAUUCAUGGAUUUAUAUCAUCCUCGGCGUUUUGGACGGAGACGGUGUUUCCAAAUCUGUCGAGCGCAGCGAAAUCGAGGUACCGGUUGUUCGCCAUCGAUCUGCUGGGGUUUGGAAGGAGUCCUAAGCCAACAGACUCAAUGUACACACUCAGAGAGCAUUUGGACAUGAUAGAGCGGUCUGUGCUAGAGCCACACAAGGUCAAGUCCUUCCACAUUGUGGCUCAUUCUUUGGGCUGCAUAUUAGCCUUAGCCCUAGCCGUCAAACAUCCUGGCUCUGUCAAGUCCCUCACUUUACUCGCACCGCCAUAUUACCCGGUACCAAAAGGCGAACAAGCCACGCAAUAUGUGAUGAGGAGGGUGGCUCCUAGGCGGGUGUGGCCGCUAAUAGGCUUUGGUGCCUCGCUUGCGUGUUGGUAUGAGCACAUCAGCCGGACCAUUUGCCUUGUAAUAUGCAAGAACCAUCGGUUGGUGGAGUUUCUCAUAAAGCUAGUCACUAGAGACAGGUUGAGAACAUUCUUGCUUGAAGGGUUUUUCUGUCACACACACAAUGCUGCAUGGCACACCCUCCAUAACAUCAUAUGUGGAACCGCUGCCAAACUAGACGCCUACUUGACUGCCGUUCGGGACCGCCUGAGCUGCGACGUCCACAUCUUUCAUGGCAGGGACGACGAGCUCAUCCCCGUCGAGUGCAGCUACAAUGUCCAAGCGAAAAUUCCCCGCGCUCGCGUUAAAGUGAUAGAGAAAAAAGAUCACAUCACGAUUGUUGUUGGCAGGCAGAAAGCCUUUGCUAGAGAGCUUGAGGAGAUUUGGAGAAAUUCAAGUUGAUUUUAACAACCUUAAUUAAUCCAACGAUCAUAAGAUCAUCAUCAUCCAACAAAAUGAAGCAUAUCAACAGAUAUAUAUGCUGAGUCAGAUAGUUUUAUAAUCAUGUCUCUCUACCCAUCACAAGCCAUGAGAUCUUUGCAAAUUAAGGUUAAUUAUAAGAUAUAUUGUUGUCCCCGGGUUGUAAUCAUGAGAUCAUGCUCUACUUCCAUUGUAAUGCAAACUUGGAAGAAAAAAAAAAAAAAAGAAAGAACAAGA